AUGGUGCUUAUCGGUGAUAUGCAUUCGGUUUUCGUCGCAUCGCGAAUACUAGGCUCAUCGCAUCACGUAAUCGUCGAGGACAACAUCAAAAAAAGAAAACCUUUGGACGUGGUCCACGUCGUGUUAACGAUGGUCAUCUAUAUCUCCAGCAUGGUGAUAUUGCACACAUACGUGUUCACCUACGCCAGCUUAGACGUCAAAGGUGCGUUCCUCAGCUACGGAAGGGUGGCACUCUUCUACUCUUGCUUCUUCACCGACGCCACUUUAACAGUAUGCUGGAACUGGAAGUUGCGCUCUUUUUUAUCCCAACUGCGCAACUUUGAUCGAGCCACGAAAUUUGACAAUUCCUCCAGACGCGUCAAGGUGCGAAACAUCUGUCGCGUUACGGUGUUCUUCACCUGGACGUACUGGGCUGUGGUGGGAUACUUGAGUUACAGGAUUGAAAAAAGAUUGCCAGUCAUACACGGUUUGGCGUACGCGGUGAUCGACGCUGCAGUGUGCAUGCAAGUUCUGGUUUUCGUCAGUUUGUCGUACCUCAUCGAGGAACGUUUUCGUCAACUGUGCAACUUGCUCACGCUGUCUAUGGGCGAACCGAUGGUGCCCGAUCGAUUGGAUCGACGUUUCACGAUGCAACAGAUAUGGUGGCUGCACUGCACCCUGGUAAACGCGACAGAGACCCUGAAUUCCGUGUACGGGGUUCAAUUGCUGCUUUGGAUCUCCAGCAUGUCGCUGAACGCAAUGUCAAGGAUUUACACACUGAACAUGUACACGCUGACGGAAUUAGGAAAAUGCCGAGAAUCGCUGCUCGCGAUCAUGUGCUGGUGGAAUCUAUUGAUGAUCACGAGCGUCUGUCACGUAACGGCGCAACAGGCCAACCGCAUCGGGGAGAUCAUCUUCGCGCCGUCCUUUUCUGCUUCUACGAGGCACAAAUUCCUUCAGGAAAACCUGGAAGCAGCGGCGUACUUUCAACAGCGGAAAGUGCAUUUCUAUACCGUGGCGGGCUUUGUGCGCGUGGAUCUCCCACUUCUGCUCUCGAUCGUGUCGAGCAUGACGACGUACUUGGUGAUACUUUGCUGAAGAACGGAGGAUCACGUAUCUCCCGGGAUCAUCGUCGGCGUCGAUCGUUCAACGGGACGAGAGCUGCCUGGAGCGUAAUCAGUUCCGCGGAUCAGGUUUCCAAUCGACUCGACCCGCAAGGGAAAAUGGAAAAGGCGAGAUCCUGACAACUCGUUGAUCCUUGGCGCGGUCGAUUGAUCUUUGACGUCGAACGACAUUCCGAGAUAUCAAUGGAAACGACCAUAAUAGAUACACGUGAAAUUCCUUUCUCGCGCCUCG